ACAGGUGAACUCAUUUCUCUUUCCUCCGCCUAAGCACUGCUCACGGCUUUCCAGCUACCGCAGGAAAAACAGCUGCGAUGGCUUGUGACUGACCUCGCACAUCCCCUCCGAAUGCUCAGCCGACAGGGACACACUACGCCCUCUCGCUACGGAGAAGCGCCCUCGGGGCGGAGGCAGCAAACAGGCGAUCGUCCGCGCCCGUUUCCGCGGCAACCGCCGCCCUAUCCACCCCGCACCACCAGACCCACGGCUACGAGAGGUGAAGACCGAGAGGAAGGUGGAAGGGGCCGCUGCGACCGCUCGGCCCAGCAGCGCUCCGCGCCCUCCGGCGGAGGGGGACUCGGGCGGGGGCAAGGCCACCACAGCUCCGCCGUUUCCACGGAAACCCAGGCGCGGGCCGCGCUCACCACACAAAGGGGACCCACGGGCGGCAGGAAAUUUCUCGGCGGCUACGGAAGAAAAGGCGAGAGGGGGCCGGGCGCCGGCGGGCGAGACGCAGCCCGGCAGCGACUACAUCGGGGAACUUCUGCCCGCAGCCCGCCUCCCGCCGCGCCGCGCCCGCAGCCCGCCAGCGGCAGCCCACCCCUCCCGCGCACAGCCGGCACAGGACGCCGGCGGACGCCAGUUUUGGCGAGAGGGCUGGGUCUGGUUCUGGGUGGCUUUUUCCAAGCGGGGCGCCCCGCCGGCCGGAGCAGGAUGGCCCCACACCUGAGGAGCUCGCUGGUCGCCAGCGGACAAAAGCACGUACCUGGCGCCGCCGGGCCUUGGCAUGCGCGUCGCGCUGAGGCGCCGGGAGCGGGCGUGCGGCGGGCGGCAGGCGAGCCGCGCCAACGGCCGCUAGUUUGCACCGCCGGGCGGCGGCGGGCUCGGGCGGGGCCGCCAGGCUCCACCCGCCGGGCGGCUCUGGGAAGCACGGUGUGCCCCUCGCCCGCCCGCCCCGCCGCCGCGAUGUCACUUCCUCCCGGGGCGGCGGGCAGCGCGACCCCUCCCCACGCUGGCUUUGCCUGCCCCUCGGGGCGAUGUCCGACGGAGAGUGGAGCGGAGCCAGGUGCCUGAGCUGACGAGCCGUCGACCCUUGUGGCGGCGAACGAGGGCUUGAUUAAAAUGAAGACAUCUACGUGGAGCACUUUAAUUGAUGGCUCAGAGGACUGGUUUUAGAGACUCAGGUAUGUGCAGAUGACAGAGCAGAAAUUUUACACAUGCACACCCCUGUGGUAAGAAGAAAUCUUGCAGCUCCAAUCAAGCACUGUUCAGAGAGUGACAAAACAGAAGCAAAUGCAGAGAAAUGAUAGAGGGAUGGAGUCCCUCCAGUUCAGCAAAGGAAUUUUCCCAUACUGGUCUAGGAGCCUCCAGUGUUGCUGUGCUUUAUUUAGGACUCCACGGACAAUGACUGUAAGUGCAAUGAUAGUUUUCUGCAUUUUUUCCCUCAAACAAUAAAGGAAAAGUUGUUCAACACUUCA